UUAUAUGCUUGUGCAUGAAAAUGGCGGACAGGAUACACUGGGUAUUUUGUGCAACAUUGGUCGUAUCCAUGCUGACACUAGGAAAUGCUGAAGAUCAGCCGGUGGGAUAUGUCGAGGAUCUGAAACGUCAUUCGGAAAACUGUGGAUACCCACCAAAUGAAGCAUUUGUCAAUGAGUCGCUGUUCCAAAAGUGUGUAAAGGAAACAAAUGUGACGAACGUGCCGGACAUCUGUGUCCUAUAUCAAAAUGAGGUAGACAGGUUAUGUCGCACUUCAGAGGUUCCUAAGGUGCAGGCAACAGCCGAGGAAACCAAGCAAAUGUUGAACACCAAUCUCGAUGUUUGUAAUGUACUGAACAUGUUGAACUUGAGUCCUCAGGUCAGGAAACACCUGCAUGGUCAAAAGUGUCAAUCUUCCUGUUCCGCGAAUGGACCUUAUAAGGUGUGCCGCUUGCUUCUUAUUCUAUACCUGACAGGGCCCACUAAUUUUUUGGACGCGAGUAAAACAGCAACCCCGACAACACACCCGACAGGCCCGGCAGCAGUUCCGACAACACCGCCGCCAGCGAAUCAGACAACAGGCCCGGCAGCAGAUCCGACAACAACGCCGCCAGCGAAUCAGACAACAGGCGCGGCAGCAGUUCCGACAACACCGCCGCCAGCGAAUCAGACAACAGGCCCGGCAGCAGAUCCGACAACACCGCCGCCAGCGAAUCAGACAAAAGCGGACAUAACAGGUUGGCUCAAGAAGCUCCUGUAUCCCGCUCUGGUGCUGAUAGCAUGUGCCAUUCUCUAUCUCAUCUACAGAAAACGACAUCAGAUUUUGACUUGUCUUAAAGACGAUCCGGAGAGUUCGAGUCACCGGAGGAUGGAAAGGGCGCUACCGGAAGCUGCCAAAUUUCCAAAAGACCGUUCCUUCAUUGCAGGAAAUAGAUAAAGCCAAAUCGUUUGUUUACUAAUACCCAUAAAAAAGACACGACGAAGUUCUGUAUUUUGCAGUAUCUUCAUAUCAUUACAUUAAGUAAAAUAGUGUCCAAAAGAAACGAUACCACGUGUUUGAAUUGACAUUAAAGAAAAGCAAAACGAUACAGAAAUUUUAGAUUGGUAGAUUUCAUUUGAGAAUUAUUUCUCUAACGCGUGUACAAAAAUCAUUUCAAUCAAUAUUUUACAAUCAUUCGGACAGGCCUGUAAAGACGCGAGGGAUCCAAAAUGACAAUUUCAUUCAAACACAUAUGACGAGGCAAGUGGGGAAAAUGUCACAACACACGUCUUAAAUAAAAGGCAAAUAUUAUGACAACUUCUUUAUUGUAUGCAACAGAUAUUCCUUGCCCCUUCGUCAGGUGAAUUGUGCCCCUGACGAAGGGGCAAGGAAUAGCCCAGAAACGUUGUGACAUACAAGAAAGAAGAAGUUGUCAUCCAUAUUGUUUGACUUUUAUACAACCUGAAUGUUGGCGAUGGCGAGGAAGUUCUGAGUCAGCCUUGCCGUAUGUGGCCUCGCAUUAUUGUGCUGGAAAAAGAUUCCACGAGGCUGUUGUUGGAUGAAUGGCUCCACAACUGGUUGUAAAAUUUCAUCUCGAUAACGCUGUGCAUUCAGGUUUCCUAGAAAAACGGCGAGCCUCGUUUUGGUGUCACCGCAAUUUCCACCCUAAACCAUUAAACCUCCGCCUCCGAAUGGCCAAACGUUCACAAAUUCUUCGGUACACACGCUGAAGCCCAUCGUUCCUGAAGAUGCAAACUCUGCUCUUGUCGGAAAACAUGACCCGUGCCCAGUUCAACGUCGAAGUCACCUGGCCCACACCAGUCUAUUGGAUCGCUGUUGUUACCGCUCCGCGGUAGGAGCGACGUGCUCGGAUACCAUGAGCCUGCAGUCUCUUGUACACGGUCUGUCGACUUAUCACGUGUUGCAGUGCCGUCCUUGCCGUUAUCGUGGCCGUGAUGAAGCGGUUCCGGAGAUAAAGUACCAGGAUGAGUCGGUCUUCAAUAGGCGUGGUCACCCUUGGUCUCCCGCUUCUCGGCCUGUCCUUUUGUCCAACCUGUUUGACGCAACCGCUGCAUUAACCUGGUGACGGUUAUGCGCGCGCAUCCUCACCUUCUAGCGACGUCGGUGUGCGUUGCUCCCUGUUGGACCACCUCCAACGAUUCUCACUCCCUCAAUACCUGUCAAACGUGGCACUUCUUUCUUUGCUUUUUGUUGCUUUGAUCCCAACGUGCCGAGUCAGCAGUUUUACACAGUUGAACUGCACAUGCCGGAUGUAACAUCAUUUUGGCAGAGUGGGUGUUUUGUUUGCAAUUGAUCAAAUGUUCCCGGAUUUUUAGAUCGAAUACGUUUGGUUUGGAACGUUGGAAACGCCUAAACAUGUAUUCAUACAAAAAGGAAUGCUUAAUUAAAAAAUAUAUUGAAAAUAUGUUUUGUUAAAAUGUUUUGUAUCGUUUCUUUUGGACAUUAGUUUAUCAUACAACCAUAGUUUUCACCGUCGGUCUGUUCACUUAUACAGAUAUAUGUUCCCAUUGCAGAUGCGGUCCAGUGUCUCACUGUCCCCAGCCAAAGUUCUCUGAAACUCUUUUCUAAAAUGCUCUUCUACUGGUACUGAAGCACCGUACUACUGUAAGCAAAACGAGUAACGAUAAACGUUGGGUCAUGAUAUAAGCUUCCUUAACAACUAGACAGUCCAUGGGAUAAAAAUUCAGGCAUAUAUUUUAUAGAAACAAGAAAUUAUACAACUGGAGGGUCUAACCGUUUGUCAAAUCAGAGGCUAAGAUGCAACAUUUUCAUGUAGCCAGUGAUUUUUUUGCAUAACACUGAUAUCCUCCAGCACAAUAUACCGUGUACUAACAUACUUCAUUUAGGGAAAAUUACCAUUCCCUAAAACGCUCCAAUAAUGCACUGUACCAGAGUUUAUAGAACAAGGAGACGUUAUAUUAAUUUUAAAAAAUAUCAACUUCAUUACCAGUGAUACGAGGGUGAUACAAAUAUGACUUAUGUACCCAAACAUACACCACUAACACACUUCCAAAGAGGAGGUCGAAAAUUGAGAUUGUUCCAGUAAUGGUGAAUCAAAGCAUUGUAAAUUUAAGAUUGACGGUGUUUGAUUCUGUUUUGUGUAGUUUGUACAGAAAUAUCAUAGCAUCCUUUAUUAAUAUUUUCAUGUCUUUUGCUGGCCUAAUUUGUUUGAUCUUGCCAUAUUCUUUGAUCAUUAGCUCGGCUGUUACCCCAGGGAUAAUCUACAACAUUAUAUAGUCUCCCUGGUUACACUCAUAUUAUUUGAGUAUCUAUUUUGUUUUUUUAUGUUUCCUCUAAAACCAUUUUGGAUUAGUUCCAAAAGAGGGUAGAAUUCACUAGCCAGAACAUAAAAAAACCGUUCAACAUAUUUCAGCGAAACAUGGGAUAUCGAUCGAUGAUCAGCUUAAUUUGUGUCAUUUGCUAUUUUGAAACGUUUCUAAAUGUGUGAAGUGUUCAUGUUGCAAGUCCAAAGUCUUAUCUGCCAUAAAUAGUCAAUACGAUCACCAGUAGUGUUGCUUUAUAUGAAAUCUGAAGAAAAUCCAUGUUAUUAUUGUUUUUGCGGACACAUUUAUAAUAAUAUUUUUAACUAAUGUGUCUGAAGACUUCUGUUUUAUGAGAUGCCUUGACUCCCCUUUUGCCCUUGGAGUUAUUGAAUGAAUAUGGUUUUAUGCCGCUUUUAGCAAUAUGCCAGCAAUAUGAAGGCGGGGGACACCAGAAAUGGGCUUCACACAUUGUACCCAUGUGGGGAAUCAAACCCGGGCCCUCGACGAGCGAACGCUUUAACCACUAUCCUACCCCACCACCCCUCUUACCCUUGGAAACUCGCAAUUAAUUAUUCACUAUUUUUUUACCAUCAGUGUCAAUGUUUGUUUGAUAUUAUUAAUCAUUAUGUUUUUAAUGUAAAUAUGUAGCACACAUUUCGCUUGGUAUAAUAAACUACUAUCUUAUCUCA